AAUUAGUCGAAUGCAAGAGCAUGCGUACAUUGUCUGUAUCCCCGAACGCUAUUAUCCCUAACGUAUAAGGUCGAAUGGACAGCACGGUCUGCUAAGCUAUCCGCUCCUUAAAAGUCACGACCCAUACCAGUUUGGUAUUUUUGUAACCUUGCAACACAAGGAUGAGCUGUCAGCUACUAGGGCGGACGCCCGACGGCAUCCAGCUUCUUACCAUCGGGGAACAGGAUGGCCGUGGGUUGUGCGGGUCGAGCUCAGGCAUUAUGUGUACGGCCGACGGCAGCAAGCUGGUGUGCAGCUCUCCGGACGGCGUCAAGCUCGUUGACCUGGACUCAGGGCAGCAGGUCUCCCAGCUGCCCGAGGCGGGUGUGGUGCUGGCGGCUCUGUCCAGCAGCGGCGACUUCCUGGUCACCUGCACGCGGCCGGGCAAGGAGGCGGACGGCAGCAUGAGCAAGAACCUCAAGGUCUGGGACCUCGGCUCCUGCCGCUGCGUGUUCAGUCUGGCUCAGAAGCAGGUGUCCAAGGACGCCUGGCCGGUGCUGCACUGGGCGCACGACGACAGCGUGUUCGUACACGCAGUGACCAACACCGUGCAUGUGUACAGCAGGGCAGACGGGUUCAGCGCCUACCGCAAGUUGAGCAUCAAGGGCAUCGGCGGCCUGGCCCUCUCGCCCGCCCCCCCCUCGCCCCCCUCCCCGCUGCCGCUGCUGGCCGCCUUCCUGCCCGAGGCCAAGGGCACCCCCGCGGCCGCCGCGCUGGUGCGGGUGGGGGAGGCGGGCGAGGGGGAGCCGCACACGCUGGUGCGCAAGAGCUUCUUCAGGACGCAGGGCGCCAAGCUGAUGUGGAACUCCCCCGGCACCGCCUG